UCGGGUCUCCAAAAGGACCUCAUAGAGGACUUGGCUUGGAGGGUGAAGACGGUGCGGCCAUAAGGCUGGAUCCCCUCCCAUCAACAAGGCCUUUUUUUGGUGGGGAGGGGGAGUUUUAAAUCAGUGGAAGGCUAAAAUGAUGGAAUAUAAACUUGGAAGGUGCACCAUGGCAGCAGAGCUGGAAGGCUUAGAUGUUCUUUAAAUACUUCUGGAUGGCUUCCAGGGGAGUUCCAGGAUUUGUUCAGAUAAAGGACAACUAAGAUGCACAGCUCCUUAGUGGCUUCUACCCAAAGCUCAGGGUUGUUAAGAUCUUUGGUGAAACACUGAAUGGGUUUCUGAAAUGAAGGUUUGAAUAAAUGACUAAGCUCACUUUAACUGAGUCAGCAUCAUGACGUCAGUGGAGAAACGCCGCUCCAGCCGAAAGAGUGGCGGACAUCGGAAGCAGAGCGAUGGAGGCUUUAGCGAUACCUCCAGCGGUGGAUCUUUUUUGGACGAGACCGACCGCGAAGUCCGUACCCUAACAGACAAAGCCUUCAGGAGUCUCUGCAUCGGAGAUGAGGCCGUUUAUAAUGACUCGGACCUCGGUCCAGCAUCGCCGUACAUCCAGAGAGACAGACACCGGGCCUUCAGUCAGGGAAGAACGGAGAAAGAGGACAAUGACAUGGAGGAGCUUAAAAGAGCGGCUAAUGAGAGCUUCAGCUUGAUGGUGCAGCAGUAUGAGCAGGAUUGGAUCAAUGAAGGAAUGUAUGGGGCAGAUAUGAACAGAAAUUCACAGUGGGAUGGCUGUGGAGACAGGACGCAUGAAAAGGUUUCUGCCACAUUCCAAGACUGCUUUAUGGAAAUGACCCAAGAGAACCGGUCUCUUGGAGAGGACCCUAUUGGCUAUUUCAGCAAUGGACCCACAGAUUUGAGUUUGCAGCAUCGAAGAAGCCGUUCAAGAGUUUCCUCACUUAUCAGAGCAUUUAACACAGAGGAUGGUGGGGUCAUGGAUGAUCAACUCAGAGAGUGGAACAAUGAAGCACAAUGGAAUAGACCAGGUCUGAUGAACACGGCAUCAUCAUAUCAGCAAAACUUUACCAAUGGCCAUUUCCCUAUGGUUGGACAGUUCUCAUCCCAAAACACUAACCUUUACUCUACAGAAGCAGGUGCAGUGCAUCACAUGCACACUGCUUCAUCUUUAAUGAGACUAUCCCACUAUAACCAAAAUAUGAUGACACAAGUCGACUGUAACACCAACUUCUUUAUACACAGCGAACUCAGUCCUUUCAAAGUAUGGAGAGACCAUAACAGGUUUCAACAAGAAGAGGUCUCAAGGUUUAUGCAGUGUUCAGAGUUCCCUAAGUGGGGCAAAACACCCAUGUAUAAGGAACUUCCACUGGACCCCCAAAUGAACGGUUCCUCUAUGUUUCAAGGGAGGAGCAGGAGGCACAACAGGACAAUGAUGGCCACUGUUGCUCCCAAACAUCCAUUACAAUCCAUCUCAACCUCCGCAAGGUUGCAGAAAGCUUCUGCUUUGGAGAAACGCUGUGAGUCUGAGAAAGUAGUACAUCAUCCCCACAGGACCAGGACACAGAGUCUUGGAACAAAUAGACUUCAAUCCCAGCGACCAUCAACGGCAUCACCUACCGUAGAAACGCCUACACAUUUUCAGGAAACCAUCAAAUCGGUUAAGGGCCACCACCAACAGGUUAAAAUAACGUCAGAGCCAAGCAUAAACCAUCAGAUGAACGACAAUAGACAUAAUGCACUUUGCAAUGAUACUCUGUUUGGAGUCAAAACAGAGCGAAGCAUUGCAAGCCAUUACAUCGGUACUGCCUCAAAUGCUGUUCAGCUGCUUUCACCACAAGCAGAGCCACCAGAAAGUAGACAGGACACAGGUUCUCCCCAACUUGUGGAACACCCACCAGUACGUGCGGAAAGCAGGGGGGGCACCCCAGAUGUAAGGAUGUCAAGCUAUAAAUCCAGAGCCAGCAGCAUUCUCUUUAAUCUCAAAGACAACAGGAAGAGGGUAAAAAGUACAUACAGCCCAGCCAAAUUUAAAGGAUUUGAGACAACAGAAAAAAGUAUUGAACCUCCUUUCCAAAAAUCCAAAGACAUCGUGAUUGAUAUACCAGAGUGUUUACAACCAGACCUUCAGGAAUCCAGCUGGACUGACUCUGCCUCACACCAAUAUGUUAAACCUUAUCACAGCCCCACACUUUUAUCCCCUGGAAUGAUUUCUCAGCCUGAUAAAGGCCACAUUCCAGACUACAAAGCAACUCAAAGACAAAAUGAGAUAGUCCAUCAGUCUGGGUACAUAGCUGAAAAUGACACCAGCAAUGACUUAAAUUCUGGUCAGAAUUACAAUGAAGACUUGCCACCAUUUUGUCUAUUUAGGCAAGAUGUAGCUAAUUUUCAAGGGGGGACAGAGUUAUACACACGUAAGUCAUUUCAUAACACCACAGACAUGCGCUGGCAAAUGGAUGAAAAUAAGGAAGUUGCCCAUUUGAAAGAAGCAGAUAUGAGGCAUUUCACAGAGGGUGCUCAUCUAAAUCAGAAAAAACUAAAUCAUAGCGGUGUUUCGAAGGGAAGGUGGAGACCUCCAGAUGCCCUGAACAUUAGACAACUGUCUCCAAAUGAAGUUGAUGCUACAUGGGAUCAGGACACCUCACCUUUCAUAGAAAAACACCAAAAUGCUAUGGCUAAUCUACAAACUACCACCGCAAAGGAGAUUAGUUCACACAGAGAUGACCAUGGAAGAGAGAAUCAGCAAGACACAAAUAAAGAAGCCAAGAAGACCCCACAGAAUGAUGCGCCUGUACGAAACCCAACCUAUUAUGGCCAGGACAGGACAGAAAAUUAUUUCCAUCAGAACAAGAAUGUAAAUGUAAAUAAAACUGAUAUGUACAGUCAAGAAACUAGUCAGUAUGCACCAUCAUUCAAGCAAGAACAGCCAAAACCCGCUGAGCAGCAAUACGCAUCUGAAAGCCAAAAUACUUCAUCAAUUGUCCCUGAAAGGACAGAGCGGCUCCAUCAAGUGAAGAAUGAACAAUCAGUUGAAGUAAAGGCUGUGCAAAUUACACCAAAACAAAUACAAUCAGAGCAAAGACAAACAGAAGAGUCUAAAGCUCAGAAGUGGGGUCACCAGGGGCAUUCUAAAGAUGAUACUUGGCAAGACACUGGUUUCAUUGAAGAACAUGCGCAAACAGCAACAACAAUUAAAACAAGGUCAGACCAGGUAAAACUGGAACAGGAUGAAACACAAGAGCGAAAAAUGGAGCAGAUCAGAGGGAAAGAAAAAGACAGAACAAAUGAGAAACAGACAGCUCCAACUCAAGUUAGAGAUGAUGAAGAAGAAGCGAACAAUGUAAAAGUACAAGCUGUGGAAAUGACAGGUGUGCAGAGUGGAUUGGUCCAAGCAGAACAAACUGACUUGAAAGAUCUAAAAGGCAAAGAGAGAUCACAAGAGUCAGGUAAAAUUCAACCGUCUCAGACAGACAACACCACCCUUGUUGAAGUUGAAGCAAAACAAAGAAGAAUUGAACAAGAAGGUGAAAGGAAAAUGUUAGAGGAAGUAAAAGCGAGAAACUUUACAGAAGAUGUAACCAUAGCAACGCAAAUUAACACAGAAAAGGCUAAACUACAAACUAAUACAGAACGCGUAAAUACAAAAAUGGAAGGGAAAGGUGGAAAAAAUGAGCAGACUGACAAAAAACCUGGGAAAGAAUCAACAAUCAAUGCUCAACCUAAAAAAGAGAUACAGGGCGCCAAAGAGACAAAUUCUGUAGCCAGGAAGGUAGAGCUCGCCAAAGUGGAAUUAACCAACAUGGAGCUAGCUAAAGUAGCACUUAUAAAACACCAACACAUAAAAGAAAGAUCAUCAAAGCCUGCAGCAUUCUUAAUAAUGCAGCGUCACGUAAAGAGUGAGCCGAAUAAAGUUGAGCGUGUAAAGGCAGAGCUAGCCAAAGCUAAAGUGGAGCUAUCAAAAAUAAAACAGAAAAUGAAGGGAGAGAAAAGGGAGAAAGAUAGAUGUACAAUGAUCACAAAGGAGCAUAGUGUUGCAAACAAGGAUGAAUCUGCAGAGGUGACUAACAUUCAACUGACAGCACAAACAACAGACAAAUCAGCUGCUAAAAAAGCAUAUAAUACAAACCAAGAACAUCAUGGGGAUGAUUAUUAUCAAACUCUGAGAGAGAAAUAUGGCUUUACCAAUUCAGUUUCACAGAAAAUGUCACCGGGGGUUAACAGUUCUUCAAACGGUAACAAUGUGACUUUGUCACUUGAUGUUACAAAAGUUAAUAAUGACAAUCCAAACAAUGAAUUUGCCAAACUCAGUGUUGAAACCAAUAAUAUGGAGAAAGCGAAUAAAGUGAAUGAAAGUCUUUAUGUCUACAGUGAGUCGUCCAAAGAAUUCAAAUUAUCACAAGAAGACUGUUUAGUUUCUUGUGCGGAUAAAAGAGCAAAUGGUGACAGAGUUACUGAUACAGGAAAGGACGAUACCGUUAAAAUCGCAUACUUAACUUAUCCUGACUCCCAUUGUGCUGUUUCAAGCCAGACACAAUCCGAGUCUAUUCGAAAUCCUGAAAGAAAACCUAAAUCUGAGCGUCUGAAAGCAAUGCCCCAAAGAGAGAAAGGUCAGACAAAACAGCAGAUUCUGACUUCCAAAAUAAAAGCUCAUGCCGAGAAAGAGAUUUCAGCCCUGAUCGAAGGUUUCGCUUUACGGGAGGCCUUAACACCUAAAACUACAACUAAGCAAUUACCAGCUGGUCAUUUAAAGCAGAAACUCUCAAUUCACGAGGUGCUCAGUGGUCAUGAAAUUUCCAUACCCACUAAUAGUACAACUAAGCAUCAGGGGGGAUCACCAGGAAUUGAAGACAAUGCAGUUUACAGCUCCAAAGGAAUGGACAAUCAAACUGUCAAUCAACUGCAGAAGAGACUUCCACAAGAGCCCACAAAGAGCAACAACUUUACCCUAGAAAAUCCAGCCAAAGAGAUGAAAAGGACACCAGGUCAAUCUGAGAGCAGAGAGCAGCAAGCAGAUAAUUACGAAAUUAAGACCGCCAAACAAAAUAAGGAUCAAGAACCAAAGGAUCUCAAAGACAAAACAGUGGUACAGCUCAAUGAAAACUCUGAAAAGAUACAAUUGGAAUCACUGAGCCAAAAAUCUGAUUCACCCAUGGAAAACACAAAGUCAUCGCAAACGACAGGUAAACUAACAGUUGUCCACAAAGACUUUGACUUUGGACAGACUAAUAACUCUGUGGCUGAGGACAGUUUGCAGAUCAUGGGAAUAAGUGUGACCGAAGUGAAAGUAAACAAUGAGAACAAAGUGGUAAAUGCUGAACACAGCAAAAGUAGUAGUGCUGAGCCAUAUUUCCACAGCAUAGGUAUGGAAAUGAGCAAGAAGAGUGAAUGUUUGAUACAUAUUGGCACAACACAUGCAAGGGAAACUCAUCCUAUAGAGCAGGAAACUGCACUUGAAGUCUGUAUGAAUAUUCAGGGUGAAGAAACCAUAGAGAAAAGUCUCCCAGAGAAUUUGACAGAGAAAUUGGAAUUUUCCCCACUCCUGAACCCUAAAAUUCAUGUAGAACCCCAAAGCAAAAUACAAGUCAAAGAAACCAUGCCUGGAAAAGAUGUGACCCCGGCACACACUUUAAAUUCUAUAAAUAAAGCAACAGAUGAAACUCAACUCCUUCACGAUAAACAGGACAUAGCGGUAGCUGAAAUGGAUGCACCAUGCACACUUGAAACACCUGACCUAGUAAAGUGCUGCAACAUAGAUCACAAGGAAAUUCAAACCGGACAAAUAGAUUCACAAUUAAAACAAGUAGCAGCCAAGUCUAUAAACUCAGGACUCAACUACAUUCAGGACCCUAACAAGGCUGUUGCUAUAACUCAAUCUGUCACACCAUCCUUGGAAGAGGAUGUGACACCCGCCGUAAGUCCAUCUGAAGACGUCAUAAAGAAUAAAACUACACCCCUACCGGAAGAAAAUAAAUAUGACAGAGCCAUCCCGCAUUUAAAUAAGAUUGAGAGCAAAAAUGCAUCUCCAAAACUCAAAGAGGCAAACACUGGAGUAAUGAAUCAGCUGAUAGAUGCUCACAUAGACAAUGCUGUCGUUACAGUUGUACCAGCAGUAAAGGGGGAUGACCUGGUAGAGAAGCAGGAGAACAAAACACGCCCUGUUAUGGCCGCAGUUGAGGAACUUCAGCAUAACGCACCAUUUAGUGCGGGUGAAAAAAUGAGUGCAUCAACCAAAGAUCAUGAAGCUAAACAUCCUGCUUCAAAGGGCAGUGAGGAAAAGAUGCAAGAGAAGUUGGAAGACAAACUAAGUGUAAAAAACGUUUUAGCCAGUGUAAAAAAAUUGUCCGACUCAAUGAAGCUAAUGGAUCAACUCAACAGUGUAAAUCCAGCAAAAAAGGACACCAAGACUGACAUGACACAGACUUUUGGGACUAUAUCAAAUAAACAAUCCAGUGAAGGAGACUACUUCCAAGUUGAAGGGAUACCAUUUAGGAAUAAUAACACACAAACAGAUGUCUCAGAUGUUUCAAAAGGAGUUGAACAUUCAGAACGGUCAUUGAAUAAAAGUGGGUUGGAGUCUCAAGAUAAGAGCAUGAGAAAACACAAAACGGCUGUAAUAGAGAAAAGCAAUAUAAAACAAACCGAAGGUUCCUCAGGUUUGCAAAGCUGUGAGAAGGUGUUGGCUACCCAAACAACGGACAUGGGAAAACAGCAGUCAGAAUUUAGAUCAAGUUCAUCAACAAGAGAAAGACAUAACUCAAGAAAUUCACAGCAAACGACAGAGGAGCCAGCAGUCAAAUCAAAACCAAAGGUCAGAAUGUCUACAAUUCCUGAAAUAUCAGCACUUGCAGACUAUGCCAGAUUAAAAGUCAUUGUCUCAGAAGACAGAGAAAACACAAUUCCAGAAUUCCCUCCUCACAGAAAAGAAGGAUUCUUUCCAUUGAUACAGUCUCGUCAUAGCAGACGCCCCGUGUUCUUUACUGAUACACAAGAGCACUCUGUAAAUGACAAAAGUGAGCAAAAAAAGAUGGAGAUCAUCAGCAAAGUCAUCAAAGAACCUAAACCUGUUGUUUUUCCCAUUACUGAGAAAGAGCAUCGGCGGACAGGGAUGUUCAAACUUGGAGAGAAGGAAAAACCAGAGAAAACCAUUUUUGAUGUCAAAGACCAUGAGGGAGUUGUGGAAAAACAGCCACAAGCUCUCACACAGAAAAAAACUAUUUGUAAAUCUCACAAUGAAAAUGAGGUCGACAGACAAGAGGCUCCUAAAAUUGCAAGAACAAUAGUUAGUCAGUUUAAUAAAGAAUCUAUACUAAAUUCCCCGAUCAAUAAACAAAGAGAAAGUUUACAGUUACACCAAAAAGUAGAUGAAAUCACAAUUCCAGAUGCAAAAGUAGAUCAUUUGAUGCUCAUGGAGAAGAACUCUUCUACUGAAUCCACAUUUGAGCCAGUUUGCCAAGACGGUACUUCAAAAAGUAGAAACACCAUAAAUAAAGUCACAGCAGGUGAAAUAAAAUUUGAAAAAUCAAGGAAAGGAAAGCUUGAGACUUAUCCAGAAGAGACAAAAGCCAAAAAAGAAGGGGAUGCAAAAGACCAGCACAGAACCAUCAAAAGAGGGGAAAAAAGACUUUCAGAAGAGGAAAAAGUGAAGAUAGAGGAGAGAAGAGCUUUCUUAUCAGAAGAGAGAAAGCGCGCCCAAAGAGAAGCAGCAAGGUGGGAAAAACUCAAAGAAACAGCUCAAAAAAAAGAAGAGGAAAGAAAGGCACGACAAACAGAGGGCAGGAGAUCAAAUCCAAUAAAUGAUGAAAGAAGGAUAGAAAGGGAAGAAGAAAACAGCCGAGAAGCCCAAGACAAAAGGGGAGGAAGCAUAUCAGUUCGAGAGAGAAGACUGAAACAGAGGCCGGCCGGGCGAACUGCUCAAGAGGACGAGCAGAUAAGAGCUGUGCUCAUUGAGGAACAACGUCUCACCAAAAGGAUUGAGCAGAGGAGACUUGCUGAGGAGAUUAGGCUGAAAAAGAUUCAAGAGCGCCUGAGAGAGGAGCAGAGAAAAGUAAAGCAGAAAAGUGUCCAACAGAUGGCACGCGAGAACAAAGAGGAAACUCAUGCUGCUGAAACACAGAUCGUUAGCGCAAAACUAAGAGAGAAGCCGCUGGAUGAAGGUGAGAUGGUGCAUGCAACUCAAGAGCUUAUAAGGGAGGAUGAUCUUACAGCUGAAAGGGAAGUGAAUUUUGUAGCUCAAAGAGAGAAAGUAUCAACAAGUGAGGAGCAGAACCGAGAAGAAAUGUUGAUGGAUGCUCUUCAAUACUAUACCAUCACCUCUACCAGUAAGAAACCCAAAGAAAGGCAAAAACACUCCCCGCUAACCCUUCAACAUGGAAACCCUUCGUCUGUGCCAAGUGAAGGCUCUGGAUUUCCCAGGGGGUUGCACAGGCCUCAAGCUCAGCCAUCUCCUGCUCCUUCGCUCCCGCGUUCCACCACUUCCUCCCCUGCUCUUGGAGGCAAACCUUCGAUGUUUAGAGUGAAAGAUAACACCAAAGGUUCCACUUUCAAAUCAGUAAAACCACGUUUUCAUAAAAACUUGGUAGACGAGUCCAGAAUGGGUUUGCCCAUGGAAUGGAGAGCAGAGAAAAGAGAGGAUGAACGAGAGAUAAUGAGGCGUCACACCGGAACUCCCAUCAAUCCUGACGUAGUCACAGGAAUAAACCAGCUUGCUCCUAUUAACGAAUCCCCUAUCUCUCAGCCAGUUUCAUCAUUACAGGAUAACUCCGCUCUUCCCCCUCCUCAUAGGCCCUUCUGCAGGAGAAGCAUUGCUCUGGAUGACGACGACUCUCGGUCGGUCUUCAGUAACAUCUCCGAGGAUGUACAGAGUAUUGCCACCAGUGUGGCUGAUGUGGCGGAUUUGAGAGGGCUGUGUGAUAGCGAGAGGCCAGUAUCAGCCUGUAGCUUUAGCAGUGAUAUGUCUCGUUUCGGGAAACCUCCAGCUGUUCCUCCAAAGAGUGAACAAGCCUUGCGCAAGGCACAAAGGCUCACUACUCGUAGGAUAAGGAAAGAGGUGACGCAAAGCACAGCAACCAACCCUGCAGGCAAAUCGCAUGGGGAAGCCUCAAGUAGGCCUGCUUCUACCUCCACUGAGGUAUGGUCCUUAAAUUGCCAUGCUGUGGCUUCUCCGCAUUUUUCCCCUCCUGUCUCCCUCACCCAUGCACCGACAUUUGGGCCAAGCUUACCCUCUACACACAGAGAGAACCAGCACUUGCUCCCUUUCCAUGCUUCUCCUCAUACUACCGCCACUGCCACCCUCCCAUCCACAUCCCCUAAUGUUACUGCAACAGAAUCGCUCCAUCAUACUGCACCCUUGCCACACCCAGCCUUUCUUACCCCUGCAGCUGUAUCCAUACCAGUCACCUCUGCUCACGCCGCCACUCCUGUCCCCGUCCCUGCUGCCUCCCCUCCUGUCAUUACAUCUGCACCACAUCCCACUACCUCCCUUCAUACCACUGCACCCGUUCAUUCAUUUACCUUUCCUCAUGCCGCCUCCCCAGUGUCCCGACACGCUACCACCCCUCGGGUCACUUCACCGAAAUCCCAUCCCGUUGCCUCACCUCAUUCCACAUCAUUCUCAAAACACCAAGCUGUUUCCCCUCAUAUCACGGGCCUAUCAUCCAAGCCAGCUACCACUCCUCUGGCCUCAGCUCAUAUACUUGCAACUGUGAACCAUCCACCCACGAGUCUUCACGUCACUGCUUCUGUUGCCCAUCCCUUCCCGUACAUCCCUGCUCUUGUCUCUCAUCCAGUUGCCACCCCUCAUGCCCCUGCACCCAUCACAUUCCCAGUGUCUUCCCCUAAUUCUGCUUCCCAAAUUACCCACCCUGCAGCAGCUUCAAAGAUUGUUCAUCAUGUUCCUUCUUCUCCCACUCUACAUUAUACGACCCACCCAGCUCCGGUGACACAGUACCAUGUAGAGUCAAGCUAUCCCCAGUCCUAUCCACUGACACAGCGCAAGGUGCUGCAAGACCUUGGCUCUGGCCAAUACUUUCUCGUAGAUGCACCUAUUGAGGUGAAAAUGAAGACUUUCUUAGAUCCAGAAACUGGCAAGUAUGUUCAGCUCAAUGUCCGUGAGUCCGGGCAGAACAUCUUUCAACCUCAUCUCCAGCCUGUGUUAACCCAGCCACUAUUCCCACAACUACAUUUCCAACCCCCACUGCAACUCGAGCAACAACAUAAACUUCUCUCUCCUGGUUCUUCAGCUGAGAACACUUUCACACUACAUCAAGGCUACCAGUCGUAUCCACAAGGUUACAAACCCCCUCGUAUCUCCUCAAUGUCAUCCCAAAUGGCAUCCUCGGGAGUUUCAGUCCAGGAUGAACCAUAUUUAGAAAAUAACUCCAUCACAAAUCGAUCCAAUGAAACUCGCCCAAAAAUUGACAGUCAACGCUGUAGCCCUGAGCAGACCCCAUACAUGGAUACCGUUAAUGACACAAAUAAAACACAAAAUAUUGUUUACAGCACACAUGAGUCCUUCUCAGGUAGUGACUCAAGCAAACAACUUGCAGACAGCCUAUGUGAAAAUGAUAACUCGGUGUAUUCAAGUUGCCGACCGUGCGAUAUAAUACCUAUGAGUGAACUGGAUGACUUUAUGGAGAUGACUGACUGGUGACAGGGAGGGCGGAAUUAUAAAAACAAAAAGUUGUUUCGGGAUUGUGCAUUUUAUUUUUACUUCCAUGCUUUUCUUUAUGGAAAAAUGUCUCUGAAUAUUUUCAAUUUGUCCUUGUGAAAUGCUGUCAUAUUAUUCAUGCUUGGAUUUAUUGGGCUAAAACUUGUGCUACAGAGUUCACCAUUCCAUUGCCCUUUAUGAAUGUGAGAUACAAAUGAUCUCUUUUGUGUAAACACAUAGCACAACUUUUGGCUUCGUGAUGCAUGUCUUUUGAUGCCAUAAUGCCAGGGAAGGUUCUGCUGAUUGUGUAAAGCACUGUCUAAUGAAGCACUAUAUGAAACUGUUGUAAAGUGUCAUACAAAAGUCAGUAUUUAAUGUGAGAGGUUGUUUUUGUUUUUGCUGUGAAACAAAGUAGUGUGACAUGUACUAAAAAUACACUUGACUCAACAGAAUAACUGCUCAGCCAAAUGACUACCUUUCAGAAAUUACCUGACUGCAGCAGAUUUCAUUUUGUGACUUGAAAACACAAUAAAAGCAAUAAGAAGAUAUUACUGUUAUCUGUUUUGACUCUUGAAAUGUUCCCAUGGUCAGAAUGACUGAAAUUAAACAUCUUUUCCUGCUGAUUGCAUACAACAAU